AUGAACGGAAUGAAUGGUCAUGCAGCUGUUCCUGCUCUCUGGCAGGAAGCGCGAAAUGCGGAUGGACGAGUUUAUUAUUAUAAUACUAUUACGAAGGCGACGCAAUGGACGAAGCCAGAAGAUUUGAUGACACCUGCAGAGCGUGCCCUGUUGAAUCAGCCAUGGAAAGAGUAUACAGCGGAAGGGGGGAGAAAGUAUUGGUAUAACACUGAGACGAAGGAGAGCUCAUGGGAAAUGCCAGAUGUAUACAAGGAAGCUAUGUCAAAAGAGGCUGCAUCGCCUGUAGUCGCUGCUGCACCAGUGCCAACCUUCGUCGCAGGAGGUGGAUUCUCGUCCUCUCAGUAUGACCAACCACGAGACAGAGAACCCUUAGGAGAAGCUCGUCAAAUUGCAUACGGAAAUGAUGUUAAUGGAAGCCGUGCUCAAGCUUUUGUGCCUGCUAAUAAUGAUCCCGAUUAUUCCACGUUUGAAGAAGCAGAAGCAGCUUUCCUCAAGCUUUUGAAACGGCACAAUGUUAAGCCUGAUCUUACAUGGGAAGAAGUUAUGCGAUCAAUUAUCAAGGAUCCUCAAUACCGAGCGCUCAAAGACCCCAAAGACCGAAAGGCCGCCUUUGAGAAGUAUGCCAUUGAGGUUCGCCUACAAGAGAAGGACCGUGCAAAGGAGAGACUUGAGAAACUCAGAUCUGAUUUUGCUACUAUGCUGAGAAGCCAUCCAGAGAUUAAACACUACACUAGAUGGAAGACAGCUCGACCAAUUAUUGAAGGAGAGACGAUUUUCCGCUCCUCGAAUGACGAUGAUGAAAGACGUCAGCUAUUUCAAGAUUAUAUCAUGGAACUCAAGAGGGCGAAUACGGAGAAAGAGGUUGCAACGAAAAAAGCUGCGAUGGACGAUCUUGUUGAUCUUUUGAAAGGAUUGAAUCUCGAACCAUAUACAAGAUGGUCAGAAGCACAAGGUAUCAUCCAGUCAAAUCCACGUUUCCAAGGUGAUGAGAAAUUCAAGGCACUCAGUAAAUCGGACAUGUUGACUGCUUUCGAAAAUCAUAUCAAAUCUCUUGAGAAGACAUUCAAUGAUGUUAAACAGCAGCAGAAGACCCAAAAGCUAAGGAGAGAGCGUCAGAAUCGAGACCGGUUUGUAGGCCUCUUGCGAGACCUCAAAGCUGGGAACAAAAUAAAGGCAGGAACAAAGUGGAGCCAAAUUCAUCCUUUAAUUGAAAACGAUGACAGGUACGUCGAUAUGUUGGGUCAAUCGGGAUCUUCUCCUCUGGAUCUGUUCUGGGAUGUAGUCGAGGAGGAGGAACGCGCACUGCGCAGUACACGAAAUGAUGUUUUGGAUGUUCUUGAUGAUAAACGGUUUGAACUCCAGCAAAAGACUCCGUUUGAAGAGUUCCUAGCACUGAUGCAGAGUGAUCGACGGACUGCUAACAUUGAUCGAGACUCAUUGUUGCUAAUAUUUGAUCGAUUACGUGAAAAGAUUUCUCGAAGAAAUGAGGAUGACAAGCAUCACGCAGAACGCCAUCAACGCCGAGCUGUGGAUAACUUGAGAUCGUACAUUAAGCAUCUCGAACCUCCUAUUCGCGUUGGCGAUGAUUACGAACGGGUUCGCGCUCGUUUUGAAGGGUCCGAAGAAUAUCUUGCCGUAACAACAGAUGAACUCCGUCGCUCAGCUUUUGACAAGGUAAUUCGCCGGCUCAAAGAGAAAGAGGAAGACUCCGAAAAGGAUCGAGCCAAGCGUCGUGAUCGAGCCUCAGUUGAUCGACCGACACACAAAAUACGCGACCGAGAGCGAGAACAUCGUUCCUCCGGGUCCACCCGCUCUAGGCGUAGCCGCUCCCCAGAACCUGAUGCGUAUGAAGCAGACAGGCGAAAAGCUAUAGCAGACCGCGAAAAGAACUACCGAAAGGGUGGCAUGGCUGAUACCUUACUUUCUCCAAAUCGUCGUGAUAGGCGUGAUCCUGAUGCCCAUGAUCGUGAACGCGACCGGGAUAGAUUGAUGCGGGAUCGUGAUCUUGACAAACCUCGUAGUAGACGAGAUGAUUCAAUGAGUCAUUACGAGCGAGAAAGGAGAGACCGUGAGGAUGAGAGAGAGAAACUCUACAGACGACGCGGGGAUCCUCGAGGUAGCAUCGAUGAGUUGCCUUAUGGGGACGAAAGAUCCAGUGCACCAAGAAAGAGAAGAGAAAGCGAAACUGAAACUCGCAGGGAUAGUAAGAGAACCAGAAGAGAAAACACCCCUAAACAACGUGAGCGCUCCCCAGUUCCCCCACGUGAACGGCGUCACAGGACUAGGACACCACCCGCUGCAAAAACCCCCGCCAAAGAAGAGCCUGCUGUUCAUUCAGGUAGCGAAGAAGGCGAGAUCGAGGAAGAAUAG